AUGCUUGGCCAAGAUUUCGCCUACUGCCGUGCAUCUGCCAUAGGAGACUGUCCUGUCGGAUAUCUUUGUGAUCAAUCCUUUGUGCUUGGAAAAUCCAUCUGCUGUAGAGAUAACCGCCUCAGGCCUAUGCCUAGCAGACCCGUCAUCAUCAUGCCCAGCUCGUUGCGUCCACCAUUCAGCUGGAACACAAUUACACCUACACCAUCACCAAAAUGGAAUGUUUUCACCACAGUGAAGAAGGCACCAUGGUACAUCAAAGACAGAACUACUUGGCCCAGUGUUUAUAACCGCGUCACAUCAGAAGCCACGCCUGCCCCAACCUUGACCACAGAAGAAGAGACUACCUACACUACUACGGAACCUACCACAACCACCACCACCACGGAAGAAACCACGACCACCACCACUACCGCAAGCCCGACAACCAAGACUGUGAACCCUUGGGCACGUAUCUGGUCCACUACAGCAGCACCAGAAAAUACAGUCAGCGUCAGCGUACUCCAGGCAGGAAGCCUCCGUCCGCUUAGGGAUGGUCAGUUUGAGACCGUGGGUGCCAUAACGCUCAUCAACGACAAUGGUUUCUUGGUUUUGGUUGAUACCGGUGCAUCAAGCGAUACGGAGCGACUUCUCCAAAGCUUAGCCAAGGAAAAUGUCACAUUGGAUCAAAUCAAU